AUGGUACCUCCUAUUAUGGUGUAUACAUGGUCAUUUACAGCUGCUACACCUGAUUUUCGAUGUCGUCAUCCAACACAAAUUUCGGAUACAUAUAAUAAUAAAUCAAAUGAAUUAUUUAGUAAAUUCUAUCAACCAACAGAAACUGAAUGUAAACUUCAUCAAAAAUUGGCAUCACUUAAAGAAUGUCAACGAUGUUAUCGAAAAUCAUACUCAAGUAAUCGUUCAACAAUAAAUAAUCUUCAAACAUGCGAUAAUUAUGUUUUCGAUCGAAGUAUAUAUAAGAAGACUUUAGUUGAAGAGUGGACAAUGGUUUGUGAUCGAGUAGGUCUUCGAUCUACUGUACAAAUGAUUUAUUUUGCUGGUUUUAUGUGUGGUGCUCUCUUUUUUGGUACAAUGGCUGAUAGAUAUGGUCGUCGAAAAGUUAUGGGUGCUAGUUUUAUCCUUAUGACUUUCGCUGGAUUCUUAUGUACUUAUGGUCCUCAAGCUAGAUUUGGUGUGUGGCCUUCGUAUAUUAUAUUCGUUAUAGCUCGUAUUCUUCUUGCUUGUUCAACACGAGGUAUAUCUGAAUCAGGUUUUGUACUUGGUUCAGAAAUGGUUGAACCAGAUAAACGUCUAAUGGUUGGUAUUGUUAUGGAUUAUUUCUUUGUGUUUGGUGAAUUUUUUCUUGUUCUUAUGGCAUAUAUAUUUCGAACAUGGCGAACUUUGACACUCGUAAUAACAUUAUUUACUAUCCCAUUUUGUUUCUUUUAUUUUAUUCUACCCGAAAGUCCACGAUGGUUAGUGAGUAAAGGUCGUUUUGAUGAAGCUGAAACGAUUUUACGUCAUAUUGCAAUAGUAAACAAACAAAAUUUUGAUUCUGAUGCAUAUGAACAAUUGAAAGAAACACAAAAGAAUAGUAUGACGCAUAAAACUGUAUCAAUUGGUGUAAUAAGCUUAUUUCGAACGAAAGUUAUUCGAAUUAUUACUCUUAAUCUUUUCUUUCAAUGGCUUGCACAAAAUCUUGUCUUCUAUGGUGUUUCACAAAAUACAGGAGCUUGGGAACUUGAUCCAUACUUAUCAUUUGCUUUGAGUGGUGUAGUUGAACUGUUUGCCUAUAUAGUUAUACAUUUAAUACUCAAUCGAUUAGGACGUAAACUUCCUUAUUGUUUAUUUGCUAUUCUUUUUGGAUUAAUAGCUUUACUUACACUACCUGUUCAAGCUUUUCUAUCAGAAAAUAAAUCAAUGCAACGUUCAGUUAUGUUAAUAAUCAAUAUUUCAUUGAAAUUUUUAGCAUCAGCUUCAUUUGCUAUUAUUUAUUUAUAUACAACUGAAUUAUUUCCUACAAAUGUUCGAACAACUGCUUUAGGCUAUUGUUCAAUGAUUGGACGAUUGGGAGCUAUUCUUGGAACAUUUUCUAAUGAUUAUUUAGCACGCGUAUGGAUUAAUUUUCCAAUUAUAUUAUAUGGAGUUAUUUCAUUAAUCGCAGGUAUACUAGCGUUAGUCUUUCCUGAAACAUUACAUAAACCAUUACCACAAACUGUUGAUGAAGUUGAACAGAUGGGUUUAACAUUGUGUUCUAGAAACGAACGUCGUCGUAGUUCACUUUCUAAUAAUGCUGUCUCACAUCCAACAACUAUAGAAACAUUAUAA